UCGAAAAUGCUCUGGUUAAAUAACUUUUUUAUUCCAUGUGUGUCAUUACUGAUGGCCAAGAUGUAAAAUAUUGCUGACAUAGAAAUUACAAAUUUAAUUACUAUUUAGCCUAUGUCCAUACCGACCGUACCCCAUGGAAAGCGUCUUUUCAUAACUUUUCGACCGUCCGUCGUCGGUAGACAUUUUUUUUUUUUUUGUACUUUGACAAUUGAACAGCUGAUUCCUCGGCGUAAACGUUACUCAGAUAUUGGAUGAACGUUGAUCGUAUUGGUUUGUAGUCUUCCGCUCAACGACAACCAUGUCAUCAUCCAAUGAUAGAAUUCGAAAACUUUGUCGAAUAUGUGGGGACGUUGGUUCAAUAAAUAUAUUUGGAUCAUUAGGACAAUCAAUGGAUUUAUCAGAAAAGAUCAACACACUGUUGACAAUAAAUAUAACACUCAACGACCGUCUUUCAACAAUGGCAUGCAAUGCUUGUGUCAAUCAAAUUAAUACAUUGAAUCAGAUAGUGGAAAUGGCUAUUCAUACUAAUGACUUGAUGAUCAAACUUCUAGAAAAAAAAGAUAGUACCUUUCAAGAAAGAAUGCUGCAACUUUGCCGUAUCUGUGGAAAUCCUGGACUAUUGUAUAUUUACAAUCAACUUGAUGAAAAUUCUGUGAGCUUAGCUGAUAAGAUGAACACGUUUUUAACAUUCAAAGUAUCUCCUACUGAUCAGCUAUCACUAAAAAUUUGUCAAAGUUGUAUUAAUCAAGUAGAAGAUGUAUAUCCUAUAUUUGAGUUUUGUCAUAACACUACGAAACUAAUGUCGAUGAUUGUUGGAAAUAUAUCACGAGAUACUAUGAAUAUUGACAAUGCCUCGUUAGAAAUUUCUGAAAUCUUUCAAGAUGAUGUUAAAUUUGAUAUUAAUGAAGUGAUAGUUCAAGGAAAAAAUGAUGGAGGUAAUGAGUUUGGCAAUAUUUUGAGGGAAUGUGAUAUUACAGCCCAAAAUACCCUUGGAAGUAUAAAUCAAAUACAAUGUUUACGCUGUACACUUCAUUUUACCUGUGGUUCAGAAUUGAGACGCCAUAUUCUGUUGAACCAUAACUUGAAAGAAUUAGAUUGUCAUCAUUGUUUUCGUCGCUGUUCAAAUUUAUUGGAAUUUGAAAAUCAUGUAAAAUUACAUUUCUAUGCUCAACAACCAUACUAUCCAUGCGAUUUAUGUUCCAUCAGUUUUGACAGUUUGGCAAAUCUUAUACUCCACAUUAAAACACACGACCUACCAAAUUCCAGAGAAUGGGCACUUAUCUACAACCAGUCUGAUAAAUCUAAAUGUUUUAGUUGUCAAUAUUGUAAUAAGACUUUUAUUCAUGAAGCAUCAAAACAAAUCCACGAACGUAUUCAUUUUACAUGCUUAAUAUGUGAGAUAUGCGGUAAACAAUUGCCAAAUAAAUCUCAGUUGAGUGUUCAUCAGCGUCAACACACUGGAGAAAGGCCUUAUCAGUGUAUGAACUGCGGUUCUUCGUUUAAAUGCUUGUCAACAUUACGCCAGCAUGAAGUUGUACACUAUGAAAAAAAGUAUAUUUGCGAAGUCUGUCUGCGUAAGUUUAGUCGACCAGAGAAGGUUCGUAUACACAUGAGAGUACACACAGGGGAAAAGCCUUACAAUUGCUUAAUAUGCAAUAACAGAUAUCAACAGAAAAACGAUUUGAAUCGUCAUAUAAAAAAGAAACACGGAGAUAAUUAUACCAUGAACAAUUUCAGAUUAAAUUUGUUUUAAAUUGAGUUAAUUCAUAUUUUAGAUAAUCAAAUUAUUCAAAUACUAUCAUAUGGUUUUUAUUAUGUACAUUUACUUAUACUUUUAUUCUAGUUAGCAUUAAUGUUCUUUUUAUCGCAUUAUAUUAAUUA